AUGGAGGGACUUGGCAGUGCAAGUGGCACCCCCAUGGUCAAAAGAGAAAUGAUCACGAUGAUAGUAGACACACUGCCCGUGUUCUACUAUGAAAAGUUGGUGGGCUACAUGCCCUCUAGCUUCGUGGAUCUAGUGUUCACGGGCGAGAGGAUUGAAGUAUGCCUAAAAAGAGGGAAGUUCAACUAUGCCGCCCCUGCCAGUACAAGUAACAGAAGAUUCGAAGCAACUGGGUAUGCCCAGCAUCAUCCAAGCUUUUCGGCCUGCACUGAAAACCUCUCUAACUCGACGCCCAUCCAGCAAAGGACAUCCGCCCAACCACAAAGAGCCCCCACUCAAAACCCAGCUCCUACACAACCUCGCCCCGCCAACGGUUCCAAUCCUAGCACGAGUGCCAGUCCGGGGAGGAACCCUCCAGUAAAGAAGCUUCCAGAGUUCGCCCCAAUUAUGACGUCAUACGGGGACUUGUUGCCAUCUUUGAUCGCCAACCAAAUGGCAUUUGUGACCCCCAGAAGGAUUUACCAGUCUCCUUUCCCUCGAUGGUACAACACUUACACAACCUACGCGCAUCAUGGGGGCACCCCGGGGCAUUCUAUAGAACAAUGUGUGGCCCUCAAGCAUAAGGUUCAAAGUUUGAUCAACGCGGGAUGGCUAACAUUCCAAGAAGAUGACCCAAAUGUAAAGACAAAUCCGCUUGCCAAUCAUGGGGGAUCGACAGUAAAUGCAAUAGAGAAGUGCGAACUUCAAAGGAUGAAGCAAAUAAAGGACAUGGUAACCUCUAGGAGGUUUAUCUUUGAGGCGCUGCAAGAGGCGGGCAUGAUUUUCUUUGAUGUGCAUAAGGAGGAUUCUUUUUUGAUGCAUCUGAGUGCAUCGCAUGACAUGGAAACCUGCUCGACGGCAGAGGAGCUGCUACAGCGAAUGAUGGACCAAGGCCGAUUUGAGAUCGACGAUGCAAGCAAGGGGGAGCAACAUGUAAGCAACAGGGCUGUCCCAUGGAGGUACGCCUCUCAAAAGCCAAACAAAAAGAAGGACAAGGCCAUCGGGGGUGACCUACCCUCUGCCAAAGUUACCAACAUCACUGGCAUGAGCGGUAUGACCCACAGUGGACGUAUCUUUGCGGUACCUGACCCGUUGGUGCGAUCCAAGGAUGCCAAGGGAAAAGCGAAGCUCAACAAGACCACAGUUAGGGUCUCCCUGUUGGAACUACUCAUGAGUUUCAAGCCUCAUCGAGUGCUGUUGGUUAAGGUAUUGAAUGAAGCCCAUGUGGCCCAAGAUAUCUCUGUGGAGGACUUCGAGGGUAUCGUCAACGACAUUACUGCCAAUAAUUACCUCACCUUCACCGAUGAGGAGAUACCCUUUGAGGGGCGGGGACAUAAUAGGGCCUUGCAUAUGUCUUUCAAGUGUAUGGACCACAUCGUGGCUAAGGUACUGAUCGACAAUGGCUCAUCACUUAAUGUUAUGCCCAAUGUCAUACCCUAA